GCAGCAAGUCCCAGGUGAUAAUCAUGGUGCAGAAGAUUAAAAGCAUGAGGGAAUUUAAAGAAUUGCUUGGCGCUGCUGGAAAUAGGCUUGUGGUGGUAGAAUUUUCAGCACAGUGGUGUGGCCCCUGCAAAAUGAUUGCUCCUGCUUUCCAGGCAAUGUCUUUACAAUACCGAAAUGUCAUGUUUGCUCAGGUGGAUGUGGAUUCAUCUCAGGAAUUGACUGAACAUUGUAGCAUCCAAGUAGUGCCCACAUUCCAGAUGUUCAAGCACUCCCGAAAGGUCACUCCAUUCUCAAGACUCAAAAGAAUACUGUGCUGUUUCAGAAGUGGACCAGGGAGCAAGAAGAUUUUUGAAUUUCAAGGCGCUGAUAUUGAAAAACUGGAAGAGAAGAUUCAAGAGCUAAUGUAAACUGACACCCAAAUAUACCUGCAACCUUUUCUAAAGCAGCA